AUGGCCUCUAUCGCGAACACGAAGAACAUAUACCUCCUGAACGGACCGAACGACUGGGACUCCUUUGAACAGUCCUACAUCAUGAAGAUCUCGGCAGAAAGGGUCUACGAGCUAGGUCGACUAGACGACCUAAGCCAAUUCAACACCCGCCGCAUACAGACACCAACGAGACCCGAAAUAACCAACUACCUCGCAAGAGCAGGACCUGAGACCAGAUCAGGGACCACGAGGCUCGAAAGAGGCGAACGCACCGCGACUACAGUCAGCGAACUACACCCUGAAGACCGGAAGUCAUAUCAAAUAGAGAUGGCUCUAUAUCAACAAGAUCAACGCGAUUACAACAAGCAAGCAGAUGGGAUUGGCAAUGUGCUCAAUUGGAUGAUUGAGAAGAUCAAUCCACACUACGUUGAGACAUGCUCCCCUGCUGCCAAUGGAUCAGACGAGUACGACAAUAUAUCGAGGUUCUACUCGAAUCUCAAAGCCGCGUGUGGCAUAGACGAUGCCCUAAGAAGGAAACAAGCUCGGAAACGGUAUUUCGAAGUGCUAAAGGUAGCUUCGAGCGGCACAACGCACUGGGGAGAGUGGAUCACUAGCUGGGAACAAGCAAUGCGAAUCGCGAAGCUCAGAGGAGUGGCCGAAGCAAUGCACCCAAACACGUGGUUCGACGACCUAAGAGAAGCCCUUGACGACCACUUUGAAGUAUUUAUGCGAGUCGAGGAAGGGCAAAAUAAAGGGAAGAUUGAGAAUGGGACCUACCAACCAUUGAACUUCUCUGCCCAAUUCCGACAAGAACUUCAGACCAGCCAAAAGCCUGACGAAACGGAGGAGGCACCUCCAAUCACUGAGGAGAGCCUCAGAUCGAUGAAACGAAGCUCGAGCCACGAAGACGAAGACAGAAGCCCGUCGCCAGAUGGCAGAGCAACAGAGAGACCUGCGAAGAUUCGUCGCCGGUCUCAAGGAUUGCAAGAGGAGUGCAUACUCUGCGAAAGGAUACAUAGACACCCAAACACAAAGUCGUGCUGGGUGGCUUUCCCAGAAGGAGCACCAGAUAAGUAUCAACCAUCCGAGAGACAGAUAGAUCAGUGGGAAAGACGACUAGAAGAGAAUGAGGAAGUGCGAGAACUCUACAAGAGACUUCAACAAAGAUGAAGAGACUUGAAAGAGAGGUCGGCUUACCCAUGUCUCUCUAGGACGAUCGAACUAAAAGAAGGCCCCUGAAUCUGAGCUUACGAGCUGCUAAUGAACCAAACAGACCUCGUUGACGUUAGAAGCACGAGACGGCCCCAGAAGGCAAGAAGAGAGACCCACGGGUCAAAGACCAUCUGAAGGAUCUGCCUAGCAUCAAGUUCAAAGGAAGGAUUUGUUUAUGGCACCAGGUUCAGAUGAUCUUGAGACAAUUAAGAGAAGGCGAUGUGUCUGUCGAGACAAGAGGCCACUGAAGGAUCUGCCUAAUGCAUCAAGUUCAAAGGAAGGAUUUGCUUACGGCACCAGGUUCAGAUGGUAGUCUAGUCGGAUCAGGUCUGAGGCAGAGAUCAAGACGCUGAGACCACCUAGGAGGAGGCCAGAGCGACAGGGCAUCUCGAACAACAAGAUCAAUCGAGGAAGCCCAAGAAAGAGAUGCAGAUACACUGCACGAGACUCAUCUUGAGGUUUUGAACCUCGCAACUACAUGACGACAAGACCAACGAACAAGCGCACGGCGCACCGACUCAAGAAGCUACGAACACAGUCAGAAGAACAGCGAUACCGACUCUCGAGAUGCAGAAGGCAGGCAUUCCAGGAUGAGGCUAGGGAUAGUCAGACUGUCAAGGGAUUUCCAAUCUGGGGGGGUGUGUUGAACCGAACCUAUCAUGCACACGCACUUCGGAUACGGGUUACGAGCCUCGGAAGGGAUAAAUAAGGUCAUGUGACUAAGGCUAGUCUCAAAGAGGGAUAGCGCAAGGCAUCAGAUGAAAAGAGGGGAAGGUCAGAUAAUGCCACAUCAGAAAAAGCUCGAUCAAUCAAGCAAUUGAGGCCACAGCCGGUUCAACAUGACCUUAUUUAAACAGCCGGUUGUUCAUGCAUGAGGACCCGCGUCAAGGGGGGAAUUAUACUAUUGAUAAGUCGGGCUUAUCCUUG